AUGACUGAACCAAACCCCGACGCCUCCAUGGCCUCUUGGACCAACACAAUAUACUGCCUCAACCGUGGCAGCAUUGACGACGAGCUCGAGCGCCUCGCCUACAACCACUUCAACAUCUGGAUGCCUCUCACCGUCGACCUGCUCCCUCCCCACAUUCUGUCGUCCCUUCAGUCCCAAGACCGCCCCCGGAUCGCCGACAUUGCCACGGGAAGCGGCGUCUGGCUGACCUCCCUCGCCGACGACCUCCCACCGCACUCGGAGCUCGUCGGCUUCGACAUCGACAAGCUAAAGUUCCCACCGCGCCCACCGACGCCGCCGAUCCCCCCGCCGCCCGUGUCCCCGCCUCUCCGACCGGAACAACCGAGCCUGGACUUCCGGGAGCAGAACGUGCUGGAGCCAUUCCCGGGAGAGCUGCGAGGCACCUUUGAUCUCGUGCAUGUGAGGCUGUUGGCACUGGGGCUGAAGGCUGAGGAUUGGGACGGUGUGCUGAGGAACCUGUUUGAUCUGUUAAAACCCGGCGGGUGGUUGCUGUGGGAGGACACGGGUGACCUGUUCAUGAGGGCGUUUCCGCUGAGCAGGGCGUGCGAAGAGUUCUGGUGGGCUAACAUGAAACACGAUGUGAGGGUGGGGAGAGACAAUCAAAUGCCCGCUGCCCUGUUGAAGAAGCUUCCGAAACUCGGCUUCCAGAGCUGCGAGCAAAAGGUCUGGAGCUCGUGGGCGGCGGACGAUUCAAUCCAGCAAAAGGCCACUACGGCAGUUCUCCAACUCGUCAAGCCAGGGUUGACAGCCGUGGUUGAGGAUGGCGGUGAAGAGACGAUCCGCACGAUGGAAGAUGUCAGCCGUAUCGAAAGGGAGAUUAUGCGGGAUAUCGAGCAAAAUGGUGUUCGCAUGGGGUUUCAUUACUUUUGGAAUUGGGGGCAGCGGCCGUCGUGA